AUGCCGCUAACAGUUCCUUUGGAGCCGAGUCUGGACUCUCUGCUAUCGUCUCCUUCGUACGACGCCCUGCUGCUUGCCGCAAUCGUCCAGCGUUGCCCCGGUAGCCAUACACGCCCCUCACUUCAACUGCUGCACGCGGUUUCCCCUCAUCAUUCUCCGUCUUCUCCGACUUUCACGUCUGCUCGUGAUGCCCUUCUUGCGGCAGCACCGUUUAUCUUUCCAUCGGACAUUCCACAUCCAUCUUCGGACUCGGACUCUGAUCUUGACACAGAUUGUGACACCGACCCUCAAGUGAGCGCAAGCUCCGAAAAGGCACCCUCAGAAGCCCCUCCUUUGAAGUUGACCCCCACUGCAAGCAGUACCCCUGUUUCCCCGACCGAUUUCGAUCCGGCCGCUCAGCUGGAUCGAGCCGUCGAGAGCUCGCGUACUCUUCCGCUGUCGUCGGUUGCAGUUUUUGAUGCUCUCGCAGAGUCAUCUCCACGAAUACCAUGCAAAAUCUCCUCUAUUUCGUGGGGUCCUCAGGCGGAUGCCGGGAAUGAUUCCCCUCGAAGAGCCAACAGCUUACCGCGGAGGCCUAACAGUUCUCCACCACCUCGUCUCCGCUCCCUUGGUCUUCCCGGAUACACUCGAAGCAGAGACUCUGGAAGAAGAGAUAAUGGCGAGCACAUGAAGAGAGACCCUCGGGCUCAUAGCAAACUUUCCAUGCGCUUUCGUCAUCUUCUGCUUGAGGCGCAGUCUCACGUUUUUGCCAUGACGGCCCGAGACGGAUCUAGGCAGUAUGUUUACUGCAGGUCCUUAGCGCCCAACCAUACAUUAGUGGUUGUAACUUUGGUUAGCUUUACGGCCGUUUAUGUCUCUGCUCUUGAGCAUACAGCUGCCCGAUACGUUCUACUUGUGGAUGAAAGGUCAGUUGAGGAGCCACGUGCAGGGAGACAAAUGUCUGAGUCUACUCGGUUUUUAACUUUUCAGCUCAUGCGAUGCCCUGCGGAGGUUGCAAAACUCCUAGUACGCAAUCUUUUCGAAUGGCUGAAGGCUAGCACUUGUCCCAGAGGCCAGAGCGAGAAAUGCCACAGCUUGUUGAAGAGAGCAAGGUUGAGAUUUUUGAGCGAAAAUGUCGAUGCGGAUUUUGAUGGUAGCGUUGGCAAUCGUCCCAGUGCAACAUUCCCGACGUCCUCGUCGACGAGUUCAGGCGGCUCUUUGGGCGCACGGGAUGGACUUCCAAGGAGGCUUUCAACUACUACUUUGCUGGGGUUGCCGCCUGAGUGGGAUACUAACCGGUUCUUCGCGAGAAAAGACAGCGCGUCGGGCGGCAGUAAUGGGCCUGAGGUGACAGAAAUCCGUUCUCUACCAUGGGAAGUGGCUGCAGAGUGUGACGGGAAGCAUUUGAUAUCAACCGUGACCCGUGUUCUAGAGCUCACCGAUGCAACGCUGCUCUUCCGACACUUUCAGGUGCGUGCCAUUAUGUCUGUGAUUGUGGCUUUGCUUGAGGAGCGCCGGGUGUGUAUUGUAGGACCCGACACAGCAAUUGUAUCUCGUGCCGUGGUCGCUUUUGACAAUUUGCUCAGACCAUUUGAGUGGCCACAUUUGCUGUCGCCAAUUUUGUUGGAGCAUAUGCUACCAGUUCUUGGGGCACCCUUUCCGUUUUUGGUAGGCAUUCUUGGUGGUCACAUGAGUGCAGCAAGAAAUCUUCCAUUGGGAGAGGUGAUUUUUGCAAGUCUUGAAACGGGGAAAGUCACUUCGACUCAAGAGAGCGCUGUUGAUUUGCAUAGGCGGAUACCUCGCAAGGUGAGGAUGCGGUUUGAGCGGCGUCUUUUGAGGGCAAAAAAUGCAUGCUUACGGCAGGUGAAUAGAUCAAUGCCAUUCCCGUUCGUUCCCAAUGUUAGCAACACUGCGUCAUCGUAUUUUGAAGACCGCCUGUUUAGUCCAAUGGCGAACAGAAUGAAGUCUUCAGGACUGUGGCGUUCGAAAUCGCAACUGCGCCUUUACAAUGAGGCCAAUCCACAGAAUAUAUGGCUUGAAUGUGAAACUGUGGAUUCACUCGAUAGAUACAUGCGGAAGUUUUUCGCUGAACUGCUGAGUGGCACCUCUACCCGCGAAAGGAGAGGCACGGGCGAGCUACCCGCGAAGGGUGAAAAUUUAUGGAAGAGUGUCCCAAAUGGGAACAAGUUUGCUUCUUUGCGGAGGGAUGCUGACCGCCAGCAAUUGGCUAAAGCCUUCCGCGAAACACCACUGUUCAUGCAUUGGGAAGAGUUGGACUCAGCAAAUAUGACGUUUGGGAUCUUAAAAUCCGAAGCAUCCCAAGUGAGGAAGCGAUCGACUUUACGUGAGAAAAUGCUCUCCGCCAGAGACUCCGCAGCCGCGGAUGAGGACUCAGUUAACGAUGAUUCGGCAAUGGAUAUGCUCGGUGCGAGCGACCUUGAAUGCUAUGAGGAGAUCGGUGAUGAUUUCAUGGUAAACGUCGGUGACGUCUCCAUUUGGAAUCAAAGUCGAAAUAAGAAGCUUCGCAUGAACAGAAAUCGGCUUCACUUCAGUGAUGAAGUCGAAGAGUUUGGCAGUGACAACUCGGAUUUGCAGUCUGAAGUUGAGCCUGGCUUUAUGAAGAAGGAGGCCAGGUCCUCUGGUAAGCCGAGGAGGAGGAAUGUGAGUACAGAUUGCAUCCCAGAUGUGGACACGAGUGUCAAAUUUAAGCCACAGAAGGGACCUAAAGGCGUCAGAGGCAAGGCACGCCGCCGCCAACAUGCCAGGAAAGACUUAUUGGUGGAUUUGGAGUCACUUCUAUUCUUGAAGGAGAAUAUUCGAUCUAUUCCCAGGGCGCGUCGAAGAAACGCUAGCACAGAUUGCAUACCAGACGUCGAACCCAUGUAUCCAAUUGAGGAUAACGGUCGUCCGCUAUUAAAGCAACACCGUCGAACAGCGACCACGGACUGCGUCUCGACCUUUGACCUAGGUUUACUGGCUGAAGUGUCCCCACCGACUGUCCAGGAAGAAGCAGUCAUCACUGAAAAUCGACUGAGGUCGGAUACGGAUGAUUGGGGCCGUGGUGGCGCGGCGAGGGUACCAAUUAGGUCAUGGCGUUAUCUAAGGAUCCCACCCUAUCUGCGUGAGGUGGGAGAGCGUCGUUUGGUUGUCUCGCCAAACCAAUCUGACGAUUGCGAUGUGGAUAAGACAGAUGAGGACGGAACGGAAGUUGAAGAGACUGACGAGGAAACUUUGGAUAGACUUGAUAUCGAAGGCAGUGCUUGCGUCUUUCCAAGUGAAGAUGCCAUGCUGAGCAAAAACCAUGUUCGUGCUUGGGGUAGGCGUCGUGCUCGCCACUCCCGUGUGUAUUAG